GAACAAUCUAAUUUAGACCAUAACAGUGAGAUCCGACCCCAGAAUCUCAUCGAAGAUGUCCAGUUUGAAGACUACUCAGCUAGUUGUGGCUCUCAGCUUAUUAUGCUUGGUUUUUCUGGGUUUUUCGAAGUCUGUCGAGGCAGCUGCAAGACCAAUUACUGAUGUUGCAGGAGCAGUAGCAAAUGAUACACCACGAUGUAUCCUCACCAGAGGUCCUUGCGCUGAUGAUGAUGACUGUGAUCAGAGAUGUUCAUUAGGAGGCCUUUGUUUGCGUAGUCGUGCUGCUUCAUCAAAUCGCGAGGAUAAGAUUGAUGUUAACCGAUACAAAGUUCCACCUGAGCUAGAAGGUUGUUGUUGUUGGGAACCCUAGGGUCGCUCUGUAAGUUGAUGGAUCUCUAGUCUUGUUUUUCGCAAUGUCCCAAAUUAAUAAUAAUAAUAAGAAGAAAAUAAAUGAUGGAUCCAUUUACCCCCUUAAUUUUCUUCAUUUUGGACUUCAAUAUAUGUCAUGCUUAGGUUUCUCCACCAAGAAAUUUCUGAGUUUUUCUAAUUCCUUUCUUUGCCUUGAGAUAAUGAUGACCUAUGAGUGUAAAAGGGCAUGCAGGUGAAACAACACUUUAUUAUCUCAAGUUUUUGUAUUUUCACUCGCCAGACAUGUUUUCUCAAGCUGAAGGCUGAUGUUAAAUCAUAGUAUUUCCUUCUGAAUA